GAAUCUCAAGCUCACCACAACCAAAUGGAAUCACACCUUCAACCAAGAUUGUUUCUGGUGUAACAGUUGUCCAUCGGGGUUGGAAACCUUCUUCAUCCUGCUGGUCUUGGUGACCUCAUUUUUCAAGUCCCUGCUUAAAUUUUACUUUCUCUGUGAUUCCUUCCCAUACUAAUGCAGAAAUGAGCACAGAAGCAGAGCAACAGCUUCUUCAUCAUGCCAGAAAUGGCAAUGCUGAAGAAGUAAGACAGUUAUUGGAAACCAUGGAAAGGAAUGAAGUAACUGCUGACAUUAACUGCAAAGGAAGAAGUAAGUCUAAUUUGGGCUGGACACCUCUUCAUCUGGCCUGCUAUUUUGGACAUAGACAGGUGGUCCAGGAUCUGUUAAAGGCUGGUGCGGAAGUAAAUGUAUUAAAUGACAUGGGAGACACUCCACUUCAUCGGGCUGCCUUUACAGGACGAAAGGAAUUGGUAAUGCUUCUUUUAGAAUAUAAUGCUCAUACUACUGUUGUUAAUGGGAAUGGACAGACAGCAAAGGAAGUCACUCAUGACAAAGAAAUCAGAAACAUGCUUGAAGCUGUAGAAAGGACUCAACAAAGAAAGCUUGAAGAAUUACUUUUAGCAGCAGCAAGAGAAGGCAGAACAGCAGAACUCACAGCUCUGCUCAACAGACCGAAUCCUCCUGCUGUGAACUGUUCGGAUCAGUUAGGAAAUACACCCUUGCAUUGUGCCGCUUACCGGGCUCAUAAACAAUGUGCCUUAAAGCUUCUAAAAAGUGGAGCAGACCCUAAUCUGAAGAACAAAAAUGAUCAGAAACCUCUUGAUCUUGCCCAGAGUGCUGAAAUGAAACACGUUCUUGUUGGUAAUAAGGUCAUCUACAAAGCACUGAAACGAUACGAAGGCCCUCUCUGGAAGAGUUCAAGAUUUUUUGGCUGGAGAUUAUUCUGGGUAGUGUUAGAACAUGGAGUCCUCUCAUGGUAUAGGAAACAGCCCGAUGCAGUCCAUAAUAUUUAUCGCCAGGGAUGCAAACACCUAACUCAAGCAGUAUGCACGGUAAAACCCACUGAUAGCUGCCUCUUCUUUAUUAAAUGCUUCGAUGACACUGUUCAUGGCUUCAGGGUUCCUAAGAAUAGCCUUCAGCAGACAAGAGAGGACUGGCUGGAAGCAAUAGAAGAGCACUCUGCUUACAGCACUCACUACUGUUCCCAGGACCAGUUGACUGAUGAUGAAGAGGAAGAUGCAGUUUCUGCUGUAGACUUGAAGGAAUCUUUAGAGAAAGCACAGAUAUGCCAGCAGAGACUAGACAGGGAAAUUUCCAACUUUCUCAGAAUGAUUAAGGAGUGUGACGUGGCUAAAGAAAUGCUUCCAUCAUUCCUUCAGAAAGUUGGAGUUGUCUCUGAAGCUUCUAGAGAAACUUGUGUAGCUUUGAGUGAUUGCCUUAAUCUCUUCACCAAACAAGAAGGGGUGAGGAAUUUUAAAUUGGAACAGGAACAAGAAAAAAACAAAAUUUUGUCAGAAGCGCUGGCGACUCUAGCCACUGAACAUCAUGAACUAGAGCAGUCUCUGGUUAAAGGCUCCCCACCUCUCAGCAUCCUUAGUGAGGACGAGUUCUAUGAUGCGCUGUCAGAUUCCGAGUCCGAACGGUCCCUGAGUAGAUUGGAAGCAGUGACUGCGCACUGCUUUGAAGAGGCAGGAGAGCACCUGAGGAGUAGAAAGCACAGAAUGUCCGAAGGAAAAGACUGUGGUGGUGGAGAUGCUCUCUCCAAUGGCAUCAAAAAACACAGAACAAGCUUGCCCUCCCCUAUGUUUUCCAGAAAUGACUUCAGCAUCUGGAGCAUCCUCAGAAAAUGUAUUGGAAUGGAACUCUCCAAAAUCACCAUGCCAGUUAUAUUUAACGAGCCUUUGAGCUUCCUCCAGCGACUCACUGAAUAUAUGGAGCAUACGUACCUCAUCCACAAGGCCAGUUCAUUUGCUGAUCCUGUGGAAAGGAUGCAGUGUGUAGCUGCAUUUGCUGUAUCUGCUGUUGCUUCUCAGUGGGAACGUACUGGAAAGCCUUUCAACCCACUUCUGGGAGAGACUUAUGAAUUAGUUCGAGAUGACCUUGGUUUCAGACUCAUCUCUGAGCAGGUCAGCCAUCACCCACCCAUUAGUGCAUUUCAUGCUGAAGGAUUAAACAAUGAUUUCAUCUUUCAUGGCUCAAUCUAUCCCAAACUGAAGUUCUGGGGGAAGAGCGUAGAAGCAGAACCCAAAGGAACCAUCACGUUGGAGCUCCUUGAACACAAUGAAGCAUAUACGUGGACAAAUCCUACCUGCUGUGUACAUAACAUCAUUGUGGGGAAACUCUGGAUUGAGCAGUACGGCAACGUGGAGAUCACGAACCACAAGACUGCGGACAAAUGUGUGUUGAAUUUUAAGCCAUGCGGCCUUUUUGGCAAGGAGUUACACAAAGUUGAAGGCUACAUUCAAGAUAAAAGCAAAAAGAAGCUCUGUGCCCUCUAUGGGAAGUGGACAGAAUGUUUAUAUAGUGUUGACCCUGCCACAUUUGAUGCUUACAAAAAAAAUGAUAAGAAAAAUACUGAAGAGAAGAAGAACAGCAAACAGAUGAGCGCUUCGGAGGAGUCAGAUGAAAUGCCAGUGCCAGAUUCCGAGAGUGUGUGUGUCAUCCCUGGGAGCGUUCUCCUGUGGCGAAUAGCCCCACGGCCUCCCAAUUCGACCCAGAUGUAUAAUUUUACUAGCUUUGCAAUGGUUUUGAAUGAAGUAGACAAGGAAAUGGAGAGUGUGAUUCCUAAGACAGACUGCAGGCUACGUCCUGACAUCAGAGCCAUGGAAAAUGGGGAAAUAGAUCAAGCUAGUGAAGAAAAAAAGCGACUUGAGGAGAAACAAAGAGCAGCCCGCAAGAACAGGUCCAAGUUGGAGGAGGACUGGAAGACGAGGUGGUUCCAUCAAGGUCCUAAUCCCUACAGCGGAGCCCAGGACUGGCUUUACUCGGGCAGCUACUGGGACAGAAACUACUUCAAUUUGCCUGACAUUUAUUAAAACAUAGACAAGUUGGGGCAUUUGGCUAAUCUACAGAUAAGACUUAAACCUGUGUUUUAAAAUUUUCUUCUUUGGUUUCUACUCAUCUUUUAAAAAGAAAAAAAUCCUCUCAUGAUAACUUGCAUUUCACCCAACAGAAGUAGGGCAUAAGGUGGAUACUGGUGAUGAAAGUCUUUGGAAAAAUGGGUAAUUUUGCUAUCCAAACAUGCUUAUUUGGAAUACUAUUUUAUAUAGAGGUAUGGGAAACUGUUGGAGAAUAUGCUUUUUGAUGGUUGCUGUUGCCAUAUUUACUGAAGGUUUAUACCUAAAUGUAACUUUAGCUUUAUGGAAUUAUAUAGUAACCCAAAUCAAGUUAUUUUGAAUAUUUUUAGGCUGUCAUGCUUGAAUGUUUUAGAUUUAACUUCAAAAUGUUUAGAAUUCUCCUAUAUGAUGUUUAUAUGCUCAAAUAUAGAGGUUAUGCCAUUUUGUAAAGACUGCAUUGAAAAGAUGGCUUUUCUUCUUACUAAUCCUCUCAAUUUUACCCCUUCCCACCUCUAAAAAGAAAAAAAAAAAAAAGCCUGAAUGUUCAGAAGAGAUAUUCCUGAUUUGAAAAUUCUAAACUGGAAAAGGUAUUUCAUUUGCUUAUUUUAGUGCUCUGAUUUUACUUUUACAGUUUUCUAUAAUUAAUGUCAUUAGAAUUAAAAUGUUUGAAUUGUAUGUUUGAAUUGAAAAUAUGUAUAAAGCCUAGCAAUUCACAAAAAUACCCUAGAAAUAUAGAUUUUAGUCACCAUCACUACAUAAUGACAAACCUUUUUAAGUGCUUCAACUCCCAUUGGCAAAUGCCACCAGAGAAAUUCAGUUGUACUCAUGUAUUACAAGUAUCAGACAAUAUAAAAGGAGGUCUUGUGCAUUUCAAGUUUGCAAGGCACCUGUGUACUUAAGAUACGUAUGGAGACCUGUACAGUAGCUUUGCCCCUUUAAUUGGGGUACAUUAAUCUUACGGUAUUUAUUCACCCAACCCCAGACUGAGAUCUUGCUCCAGGGGGCCUUAGGUAGCUGUCAGUAAGUUAUUUUAAUGGCUGUCUUGAAGUUAACAAGUGUUAUAAUGAAAUAAUCUACCUGAUGCUAAAUAAAGGCUUUAGAAUGUU